CAGGAGAAGCCGUAUCACUGUGAACAGUGUGGGAAGAGUUUUACUCAACAGGGUCAUCUCAAAUCACACCAGCGUGUCCACACAGGAGAAAAGCCGUAUCACUGUGAACAGUGUGGGAAGAGUUUUACUCAACAGGGUCAUCUCAAAUCACACCAGCGUGUCCACACAGGAGAGAAGCCGUAUCACUGUGAACAGUGUGGGAAGAGUUUUACUCAACAGGGUCAUCUCAAAUCACACCAGCGUAUCCACACAGGGAAGCCGUAUCACUGUGAACAGUGUGGGAAGAGUUUUACUCAACAGGGUCAUCUCAAAUCACACCAGCGUGUCCACACAGGAGAGAAGCCGUAUCACUGUGAACAGUGUGGGAAGAGUUUUACUCAACAGGGUCAUCUCAAAUCACACCAGCGUGUCCACACAGGAGAAAAGCCGUAUCACUGUGAACAGUGUGGGAAGAGUUUUACUCAACAGGGUCAUCUCAAAUCACACCAGCGUAUCCACACAAAGCCGUAUCACUGUGAACAGUGUGGGAAGAGUUUUACUCAACAGGGUCAUCUCAAAUCACACCAGCGUGUCCACACAGGGAAGCCGUAUCACUGUGAACAGUGUGGGAAGAGUUUUACUCAACAGGGUCAUCUCAAAUCACACCAGCGUAUCCACACAGGGAAGCCGUAUCACUGUGAACAGUGUGGGAAGAGUUUUACUCAACAGGGUCAUCUCAAAUCACACCAGCGUAUCCACACAGGGAAGCCGUAUCACUGUGAACAGUGUGGGAAGAGUUUUACUCAACAGGGUCAUCUCAAAUCACACCAGCGUGUCCAUGCCACAGAGAAGCCUUAUCACUGUGAUCAGUGUGGGAAGAGUUUUACUCAACAGGGUCAUCUCAAAUCACACCAGAGUAUCCACACAGGAGUGAAGCCGUAUCACUGUGAACAGUGUAAGAGUUUUACUCAUCAGAGUAAUCUCAAAUCACACCAGCGUAUCCACACAGGAGAGAAGCCUUAUCACUGUGAACAGUGUAAGAGUUUUACUCAACAUCAUCUCAAAUCACACCAGCGUAUCCACACAGGAGAAAAGCCGUAUCACUGUGAACAGUGUAAGAGUUUUACUCAACAGGGUCAUCUCAAAUCACACCAGCGUAUCCACACAGGAGAGAAGCCGUAUCACUGUGAACAGUGUAAGAGUUUUACUCAUCAGAGUAAUCUCAAAUCACACCAGCGUAUCCACACAGGGAAGCCGUAUCACUGUGAACAGUGUAAGAGUUUUACUCAACAGGGUCAUCUCAAAUCACACCAGAGUAUCCACACAGGAGAGAAGCCGUAUCACUGUGAACAGUGGAAGAGUUUUACUCAACAGGGUCAUCUCAAAUCACACCAGCGUAUCCACACAGGAGAAGCCUAUCACUGUGAACAGUGUGGGAAGAGUUUUACUCAUCAGAGUAAUCUCAAAUCACACCAGCGUAUCCACACAGGAGAGAAGCCGUAUCACUGUGAACAGUGUGGAAGAGUUUUACUCAUCAGAGUAAUCUCAAAUCACACCAGCGUAUCCACACAGGAGAAGCCGUAUCACUGUGAACAGUGUGGAAGAAGUUUUACUAAAAUUGCUGUUCUGAAAAGACACCAGAGUAUCCACACAGGAGAGAAGCCAUAUCACUGUGAUCAGUGUGGGAAGAGUUUUACUCAUCAGGGUCAUUUCAAAUCACACCAGCGUGUCCACACAGGAGAGAAGCCGUAUCACUGUGAACAGUGUGGGAAGAGUUUUACUCAACGGGGUAGUCUCAAAUCACACCAGAGUAUCCACACAGGAGAGAAGCCGUAUCACUGUGAACAGUGUGGGAAGAGUUUUACUCAACAGAGUCAUCUCAAAUCACACCAGAGUGUCCACACAGGAGUAAAGCCGUAUUACUGUGAACAGUGUGGGAAGAGUUUUGAUCGUCAGAGUAGUCUCAAAUCACACCAGCGUGUCCACACAGGAGAGAAGCCGUAUCACUGUGAACAGUGUGAGAAGAGUUUUACUCAUCAGGGUAAUCUCAAAUUACACCAGCGUGUCCACACAGGAGAGAAGCCGUAUUACUGUGAACAGUGUGGGAAGAGUUUUAAUCAUCAGAGUAAUCUUAAAUUGCACCAACGUAUUCACACAGGAGAGAAGCCGUAUCACUGUGAACAGUGUGGGAAGAGUUUUACUCACCAGAGUUAUCUCAAAUCACACCAGCGUGUCCACACAGGAGAGAAGCCGUAUCACUGUGAACAGUGUGGGAAGAGUUUUAGUGCUCGGCGUGCCCUCCUCAGCCACCAGCAGAGUCAUACAGGACAGAAGCUGUACCUCUGUGGACACUGUGGACGGAGCUAUGUUCAUCAACGCUCAUUAAGGAAACACAAGUGCUCUUAG